UGCACUUUCGCGGAGAGAAGCUCGGCUGUAAUCAGAACAAUGACUUCUGAGUAGGAGGGAGUAUCAAUUGAAAAUAGUAGUGUCGCGCACAAUUUUCUGGAUGCUGCUGUCUUACCUGGUUUUUUGUGAUCAGAUGCUACAAUUGUGACAAAAUGUGGAUGCCAACAGAGCAUGAGAAAUACGGCGUCGUUCUUGCAAGUUUCCGUGCAACAGUCCCUCAUGGUUUAUCACUGGAAAUUGGAGAUACAGUUCAAAUUUUGGAGAAAUGUGAAGGCUGGUACAGAGGAUUCAUUCUGAAGAAUCCAAACUGUAAGGGAAUUUUUCCUGCUUGCUAUAUACACUUGAAAAAUGCUAAUGUCAAAAACAAAGGGCAAUUUGAAACCGUCAUUCCAACUGAAGACUCUGUCAUUACAGAAAUGACCUCAACACUUAGAGACUGGGGCACAAUGUGGAAACAGCUCUAUGUGAAGAAUGAAGGGGAUUUGUUCCACAGGCUAUGGCAUGUAAUGAAUGAGAUAUUAGAUCUACGUAGGCAGGUCCUAGUAGGGCAUCUAACUCAUGAUCGAAUGAAGGAUGUAAAGCAACACAUUACUGCACGACUUGACUGGGGGAACGAACAGCUGGGCUUGGAUCUGGUCCCAAGGAAGGAGUUUAGCAUGGUAGAUCCAGAUGAAAUCAGUGUCACAGAACUAUACAAGCUGAUGGAGCAUCGGCAUAGAAAGAAAGAAACUCCUGUCCAAGCAAGCACACAUCACUUGUUUGUACAGAUGAAAAGUCUGAUGUGCUCUAACCUUGGAGAAGAACUUGAGGUCUUUUUCUCCUUAUUUGACAGCAAAGAAAGUCGACCUAUAAGUGAAAGAUUUUUUGUGAGGUUAAAUAAGAACGGUCUACCAAAAUCUCCAGAGAAGACAGAAAGACAAACAACUCUUUUUGUUGAUUUAGGAAACAAUGAUCUUCGUAAGGAUGUAUAUAUCACUGUGCAUAUUAUAAGAAUAGGACGGAUGGGAGCAGGUGAAAAGAAGAAUGUCAACAAUGUGCAGUACAGGCGUCCAUUUGGGUGUGCUGUCAUCAGUAUAGCUGAUCUUUUAACGGGUGACUGUAAAGAUGAUCAAAUUUUGAAAGUUUACACGUGCAACACAGAAAAUGAAUGGUAUCAAAUACAUGAGAAUAUCAUCCGAAAACUAAAUGCCCGCUACAACCUCACAGGCUCCAACACUGGCCUAGCUGUUUCUCUCCAGCUUUUCCAUGGAGAUCUUGAGCAGAUAAGAAGAGAGUACAUGGUGCUAUUUACCCGUGGGGUUGCUAUCACAAAAAAAUUGGGCUUUUCAGACAUCAUCAUGCCGGGGGAAAUGAGGAAUGAUUUAUAUAUUACACUGGAGAAAGGCGAGUUUGAAAAGGGAGGAAAAAGUGUGGCUAGAAAUAUUGAGAUCACGGUGUAUGUGCUGGAUGGUGAUGGACAGCUACUAAAGAACUACAUCUCUGCAGGUUCUGCAGAGCCUCCAUUAAGUGAAUUUCACUCCUUUGUAUUGUAUCACAAUAACAGCCCCAGAUGGUCUGAACCACUUAAACUUCCCAUCCCUGUGGAUUUGUUUCGAGGAUCCCAUGUACGCUUUGAGUUUAGGCACUGUUCAACCAAGGAAAAGGGAGAGAAGAAACUUUUUGGAUUCUCAUUUGUCCCACUAAUGCAGGAAGAUGGCAGGACCUUGCCAGAUGGUACUCAUGAACUUAUUGUCCAUAAGUGUGAAGAGAAUGCAAAUCUCCAGGACUCCGCUCGCUACCUCAAACUAUCCUUUUCAAAAGCAGGUCUCCCAGGAAACAAUCAAGCUGUGAAAAUUACAAAAGAGUCUUUCUGGAUCACGUCAUUUCUUUGUUCCACUAAGCUCACGCAGAAUGGUGAUAUGCUGGAUCUUUUAAAGUGGAGAGCACAUCCUGAGAGGAUAGCAGACAGUCUAUCUAAGCUGAAAGAAAUUGAUGGCUCUGAAAUAGUAAAGUUUUUGCAAGACACUUUAGACACUUUAUUUGGGAUUUUAGAUGAAAACGCUCAAAGAUUUGGGUUAAAGGUUUUUGAUUGCCUAGUCCAUAUAAUAAAUUUGCUGCAGGACAGUAAAUUUCAACAUUUUAAACCAGUAAUGGAUACCUACAUUGAAAGUCACUUUGCAGGAACAUUAUCAUACAGGGAUCUUAUAAAGGUCUUAAAAUGGUAUGUGGAUCGAAUAAUUGAAGCUGAACAUCAUGACCACAUUCAGCAGGUGCUCAAGGCUGCUGAGUAUAUUUUUAAGUAUAUUGUACAAUCUCGUCGGUUAUUCUCCCUCGCUACUGGUGGACAGAAUGAAGAGGAGUUUCGCUGCUGCAUCCACGAACUUUUCAUGUCAAUUAGAUUCUUUCUAUCCCAAGAAAGCAAAGGGUCAAGUCCAGUUACACAGACACAAGCUGUAUUUCUAAAAACUUUCCCAGCUGUCUAUUGUGAACUACUGAAGCUUUUUAAUAUACGGGAAGUGGCUAACUUUGUUCGAGAUACCUUGGGCAGCUUGCCAGCUGUCACGCAUGUAGACUGCCCCUUGGAAGCUGUUAAACUGCAGUGCAUUGCAAAAACUGUGGAGAGCCAGCUGUAUACCAACUCUGAAUCCCGUUGUAUCCUACUUCCUGUGGUUUUACACCACCUCAACAUGCACCUACAAGAACAAAAAGACCUAGUUAUGUGUGCACGGAUUCUGAGCAGCAUGUUUUCCCUCAUUAAAAAAGACAGCACAGAAACAUCAGUCACAGAAGAAAUAGAUAUGAUUGUUGAGAGUCUGUUAGGAAUUUUAUUACGGACCAUACUGGAAAUUACCAACAGGCCGCAACCAGCUGGAACAGCACUGCGUUUGCAGUUUCAGGAUGUCACAGGUGAAUUUGUAGCCUGUCUCCUGGCUCUACUCAGACAAAUGACAGACAAGCAUUACCAACAGCUCUUGGAAAGCUUUAGCAACAAAGAAGACCUGAGGGAUUUUCUGCUACAGAUUUUUACAGUGUUCAGAAUUCUCAUAAGGCAAGAAAUGUUUCCUAAAGACUGGACAGUCAUGCGUCUGGUUACUAACAAUGUGAUAAUAACUACAGUGUUGUACCUGUCAGAUGCACUUCGCAAGAAUUUCCUAAAUGAAAAUUUUGAUUAUAAGGUGUGGGAUUCCUACUUUUAUCUUUCUGUCAUAUUUAUAAACCAACCCUGCCUUCAACUGGAGAUGUUUUCACCGUCCAAAAAAAAAAAGAUUUUGGAAAAGUAUGGUGACAUGAGGGUUAUGAUGGGUUGUGAAAUCUUUAGCAUGUGGCAGAAUUUAGGAGAACACAAGCUCAACUUUAUCCCAGCUAUGAUAGGCCCAUUCCUUGAAGUAACACUUGUACCUCAACCAGAUUUGCGCAAUGUAAUGAUUCCAAUAUUUCAUGACAUGAUGGACUGGGAACAAAGGAGAAGUGGCAGCUUUAAACAGGUGGAAGCCAAAUUAAUAGACAAAUUGGACAGCUUGAUGUCAGAGGGGAAAGGAGAUGAAACCUACCGGGAACUGUUCAACAGCAUAAUACCACUGUUUGGCCCAUAUCCUAGUCUGCUCAAGAAAAUUGAAAGAGAAACCUGGAGGGAGAGUGGUAUUUCAUUAAUAGCUACUGUAACCCGGCUGAUGGAAAGACUGCUGGAUUAUAGAGACUGCAUGAAAGUUGGAGAGGUUGAUGGGAAAAAGAUUGGAUGCACAGUUAGCCUCCUGAAUUUCUACAAAACAGAGCUCAACAAGGAAGAAAUGUAUAUACGUUAUAUACAUAAAUUGUAUGAUCUACAUUUAAAAGCACAAAACUACACAGAGGCUGCAUAUACUCUCUUACUGUAUGAUGAACUUUUAGAGUGGUCUGAAAGGCCACUAAGAGAAUUUUUGAAUUACCCAAUGCAAACAGAGUGGCAGCGUAAGGAGUAUCUGCAUCUUACAAUUAUUCAGAAUUUUGACAGAGGGAAGUGUUGGGAAAAUGGAAUAAUCCUUUGCAGAGAGUUGGCUGAUCAAUACGAGACGUAUUAUGACUACAGAAAUCUUAGUAAAAUGAGGAUGAUGGAAGCUUCACUGUAUGACAAAAUAAUGGAUCAACAGCGUCUGGAGCCCGAGUUUUUCAGAGUUGGAUUUUAUGGGAAAAAGUUUCCUUUCUUCUUGCGGAACAAGGAAUUUGUCUGCCGGGGACAUGACUAUGAAAGACUAGAGGCCUUCCAGCAGAGAAUGUUAAAUGAGUUUCCACAUGCCAUCGCCAUGCAACAUGUCAACCAGCCUGAUGAGACCAUCUUUCAGGCUGAAGCUCAGUAUUUACAAAUUUAUGCAGUGAGCCCUAUUCCUGAUAGUCAAGAUGUGCUACAGAGGGAUGGCGUACCUGACAAUAUUAAAAGUUUUUAUAAAGUGAAUCACAUCUGGAAAUUCCGGUAUGAUAGGCCUUUCCAUAAAGGAGCAAAGGAUAAGGAAAAUGAAUUCAAGAGCUUAUGGGUUGAAAGGACAACUUUAACGUUAGUGCAGAGUUUGCCGGGCAUUUCUCGGUGGUUUGAAGUAGAGAAGCGAGAAGUGGUGGAGAUGAGUCCUCUUGAAAAUGCGAUUGAAGUAAUAGAGAAUAAAAAUCUACAGCUGAGAACUCUCAUUACUCAGUGUCAAGCCAGACAAAUGCAGAAUAUCAACCCACUCACAAUGUGCCUGAAUGGAGUUAUUGAUGCUGCUGUUAAUGGGGGACUUGCCAGAUACCAGGAGGCAUUUUUUAUAAAGGACUACAUUGUAAAUCAUCCUGAAGAUGGAGAAAAAAUUGGCAGACUGAGGGAGCUCAUGUUUGAACAGGCUCAUAUUUUGGAGUAUGGAUUGGCAGUACAUGAAAAAUUUGUACCUCAAGACAUGAGACCAUUGCAUAAGAAACUAGUGGAUCAGUUUCACCUCAUGAAGUCGAGUUUGGGAAUCCAGGAUUUCCCAGCUUACGUCCGUGCCAGCCCCAUCCAUUUUACAAAUGGUAGCCCACGAAUAUGCAGAAAUUCAGUGCCUAAUGCCAUAAGCCCAGAAGGUGCUAGACUGACCUCCAGAAGAAGCCCUUUAAGUUACCCAGCAGUCAAUCGGUAUUCAUCAUCUUCACUUUCAUCACAAGCUUCUAAUGAAGUUAGCAACAUUACUGGACAAUCGGAAAGUUCGGAUGAAGUUUUUAACAUGCAGCCAAGUCCAUCUACCUCAAGUUUAAGUUCUACCCAUUCUGCCUCUCCAAAUGUGACCAGCUCUGCUCCAUCCAGUGCCAGAGGAUCUCCAUUGUUAUCUGACAAACAGAAACAUUCCAGGGAUAAUUUCUGUCUUUCUCCACGAGAGAGGCCCUGCAGUGCCAUUUACCCAAAUCAAGUGGAGCCCACACAGAGAAUGCUCUCUCACCCACCUGGAGAAAACUGCUUACCAAGAAGUGACCCCAAUCUUGCAGCACCAGAGAAAGUAGUAAAUCCCACACCAAGCAGUUGGAGCCUAGAUAGUGGUAAAGAAGCAAAUUCACAGGUCACAGAAUGUGUUGGAAAGCUGGUAUCGCCUCCUGUACCACCUAGGCCUCAACACCAAGGUUCACCAGCAAGAAAUAUAAGGUCUCUGUCGCCAGUUGCCACUCCAAGAUCACCACAAAAGAGCUCUGCGCAGUCCUUCACGCCGUCUCCAACAGAGUGCCAUACCUCAGGCCUAGUGUCCAACUCCCCAGGUCUGUCAGGAAGUUACAGCAGUGGGAUUUCAACACUGAGCCGCUGCAGCGUAUCAGAAACAUCCGGAGCAGAGACACAGCCGAGUGAUCACCUUCUGACCACGUCAGUUUCUAGCGGUUCUGAUGAACUCAUAAGAAGGGAGAUCAAAACUCCUCCUCCUUACAGUGUCUAUGAGCGAUCCAACUCCAGGCGCCCAGUGCCUCUACCUCACAGUCUCUCUGUCCCCAUCAACUCGGAUCCCCCAGCUCUCCCUCCAAAACCGCAUCAGCUCCGUUCUAAUAAACUGGAAAAUGAUGGCAAGAGAUGUGAACAGGUUUCACGGCCCAGGCCGUUGCCAAGAAAAGUUUCUCAGCUAUAGUACAGCAUAUUGUUAACAGCUGGAACAUUUUGCACUUUGUUUUUUGUAAAGGAGAAUCAUUUAAAAAGUUAUUACUCAUUUAUAUUUUGCACCGACAUCCAGUACCUUUAGUCUGGUAGGGCACAUUUUGUAUUAUCCCCUUGGGUAAGACAAGGUACUGCUAAAAAUUUAAUCAAGACUUGUGCUUAAAAGCAAAUCUUUAUUAAGACAGUUAUCAUAAUUAGCUCCACAUAGGAAUUUACAACAGGGUUUUUUUUUGCCUUAAACAUUUACAAAAAUAGUUAUAUGAAUUUUAGGAAAUUUAUAAUCCUUCAUCAUGACAUUUUUAGCCGUAAAAGUCAAAAAUCUCUCUUAACACAGUGGCAAAUCUAAAGGUGCUAGAAAUUUCUCAUUUGUAAUGAGGCAUAGCAUAGAAUCUAAAAGUUCACCAUAAAAUAGCUGUGUUGAGUCAUUCAGAGUAUUGUGCCAAAGGAACUCUCUCUCUCUCUUUCUCUCUUUUUUUUUUUUUUUUUUUUUUUUGUUUCUCUGUCUCAUAAUAAAUACUUUAAUAAUAGAAUCUAGAUAACUGGAAGUGAUCUACUGAAGUAAGAUUGACUUAUACUGUGUUCAGUGCUACGUGUUUUUUUCCCCGUUUUGUGUUUCCCUUAAACCUUUAUCUCUAAUUGCACGAGGCCUGUAAAAAAGCAAUAGAAACACUGUCGUUCUGGACUUGAGAUCAUUUAGACAAAGCACAAAUGGGUGUGGCAAUUGACUGCGGGAAGUGUUUUUGAGCCGGGUUCAGGCAGAUGUGCCAGAGCAGCUACUAAAUGUCGAAAACACUGACGGAUCUUGUUGAUCUCAAACUGACUUGACUGCCAGUGCCCAUUGCCAAAAGUGGAUCUCUUAGAAUCGAAUCUAACGCAUUCAGCUUUCGAGUGCUUUUGUCUCCGUUCUUAGGUGAGCAAUGUUUAGCAAUUUGUUUGUAAAUUCCAGCUAUUUUUAUUACUUGUACGUGAUUUAAGAAAUAUUGCAGAGAGAAUGUACUGUAAAUUGAAUUUUGGCUUUACAGUAUUUGAAUAGUUGUGGGUUCGGUGUACCCAUGGUCUGAAAUUGUUUCAUUCUUAGCAAAAUUUUUAUAUCUUAAUGGACUGUGUAUAUUGAUUGCUUAAUUUGAAUAAAGUGGCCAGUUUUGGAAUACUAAUUACAUCAUUCUUAACAUGUUUUUUUAAUGUUUUUUUGGUGAAUUUUCAAAUAUAUGCCAGACAUGGUUAAUUGUGAGAAAAGAAGAGACUGUAUAUUACACUAUGAGAUUGUUGUAAGUAUGCCAAAUACUUUAUGUAAUUCUCUUGUACAUAACGUGUUUUUAACAAAAUGUAGCCAUAUUGAAUUUACAGCUUUGAAUGUUGCAAGAGCAAAGUAUAAUUAUAAAUGUUAAAUAUUUAUAUGUUUUAAUGUGAUUAGGUUAAAAGGAACACAUUAACAGCAUCUAAUGCUUUCACUUCAGUAACAACUUUUGAGGUCUAAAUUUUUUUCCGAGGUUGGGAAGAAUUUAGUUUUUUGCAAUUAAUAACAUCAUGUUUAUAUUCAUAGCAUAAAAAUUUUAAAUGGUAUGUAAUUUGUAUUUUGCUAGAAAUCAUAUGAUACCACAUUGUUUAAAAAGAAAAAUCACAAUAUUCCUUCUAUUUAAAAUUUGCUUAUUAUUUCCCAGGGUUGUACAAGCUGUUUGUUGUACAAAUAGUGUCAAGUAUAGGUUCUGUCAGUGUUAUUUUACCACUAAAGCCAUGUUUAUUUGGUGACUGCACACUGUAGGAAGGUGUUCUGUAUGUGUUUAUUUUUAUGUUUUCAGAAUGCACAUAAUGGUCUAUUACAAGAAUUUAAAGUUAAAUCUGGUCUGAAAGGACAGAAUGGAAAUAAAAUAACCCAUAUAAUAA